AUGAUUUUCUCGCGUUUCUUGCUUGUCGCUGUUGCUGCCGUCGGUGUUGUCGCUCACUCCCGCUCCGGCCAUGCCCAUAAAAUCGGCAUGGUUCGGGUUCCUGCAAAGGUUGACGUUGCUCCCCGGACUUACUCUGCAUCCCCCUACAAAGACACCAUUGCCAAGCUCAAUGAAUACCAAGAGCAAACGACCGAUGCCAUGGCUGGCCCGGUGUCCGAACGGGAGGCCAAGUUGAUAGAGAUCACAGCAGGGGUGCUUGAUUGUGUCAAAACUUACAAUUCAGACUUCAAGUCCAAGUUCUUGCUGUUGGACCUUGGCAAUAUUGCAAAAGGAGGCGAGAUAUCAACUGUUGGUAGCAAAAUGUAUCAUAUUCUCCGUAGCUGCAAGGGAACUCGCAGUCAGCAACUGACUGAUAAUAUCCAUGCUAUCAACGUCGAGGUCGACUCUAUGGGAGAUUUCCUAGCCCAGAAGCUGCCUCAGCCAUUGUCAAAUAUGGUUAUUCCUGCAUUUGCGAAAUAUUCAGACAGGAUGGAUAUGAUCGAAUACGCUACGAAGCCCGCCUCCUACUGA